GGUCCAGGUGGUUACUUGUUCUGUAUUUGACUAUUGAUAUGCCCAUGAUUCGCCAUAAAUUUUUACAUCGCGUUUUCGCUUCCAGAUGCAAGCGGUUAGCUAUAAUUCCGAAUUCGAUCCUGACAUAUAGGCUCGAGUGGACCAUGGCUUGCUCUAGAAACACUGCUUUACGCGAAACCACCAUCUACAUUCCUUCCUCCUCAUUUUUGCCAUGUCCUCCGCCAUCUCUAUCCCUCUGUCGUCCUCACCUCACGUUGCUGUCUCACUUUCACCUACCACCGCCUUACUUCAUGAACGUUUCCGCCAGAACAUUGUUAGCGGUCAUCCCUCCGUCCGUAUCCCAAAAGUUCUACACCCCGUAGAAAAUGAGGAUUUGAAGCUUUUGCUCCUCGAAAACAUCAGCCAGGAAGCCGUCAAGGCAUUCCAGGCACAUGGCUUCCAUGUCGACCAUUCAACAAAGGCCAUGUCUGAGGAUGAACUCGUUGCGAAGAUUGGUUCUUACCAUGCCAUUGGCAUUCGUAGCAAGACAAAAAUCACUGAGAGGGUCAUUAAGGCGGCUUCGAAGUUGCUUGUCAUUGGUUGCUUCUGCAUUGGCACAAACCAAGUCGACCUUCUUACCGCGGCCAAGGCAGGCAUCCCUGUCUUCAACUCCCCAUUCUCAAAUUCACGUUCGGUCGCUGAACUCGUGCUGUCCGAGGUCAUUGGCCUUUCCCGCCAGUAUUUCGAACGUGCGUUCGAAAUGCGACAAGGCAUUUGGAACAAACAGUCAAAGGGCUGUUGGGAAAUUCGUGGAAAGACUCUCGGAAUCGUGGGCUAUGGUCACAUUGGCUCUCAACUUUCUGUCCUCGCAGAGGCGUUCGGCAUGCGUGUGUUGUUUUACGAUGUCAUUAACAUCAUGCCGCUCGGUUCGGCGCGCCAGGUCGAGUCCCUGAACGUAUUACUGGCCGAAUCAGACUUCGUCACACUUCACGUUCCCGAGCUCCCGGAGACGAUGAAUAUGAUCUCAACCGAGCAGCUUGCUCAGAUGAAGCAGGGGGCAUACCUCAUCAACAACGCCCGAGGCAAAGUCGUUGAUAUCCCCGCUCUCAUUGAUGCUUUGAAGUCAAAGCACCUUGCUGGCGCGGCAAUUGACGUAUAUCCUGCAGAGCCGGGUUCCAAUGGUGCGCCGUUCGAUGAUCAACUCAAUUCCUGGGCUUCUACCCUUCGUUCCACGCCCAACGUUAUCCUCACCCCUCACAUCGGGGGGUCAACGGAGGAAGCGCAACGCAUGAUCGGAGAGGAGGUCUCUUCUGCCUUGACACGCUACCUUAACUACGGCUCCACCCUUGGCGCAGUCAACUUCCCGGAAGUCGACUUGCGUGCUAUUACGGCGGAGCAGGGCGACCACGUUCGUAUUUGCCAUGUCCACAACAAUAUCCCUGGUGUCCUCAAGCAGGUCAACGAGGUUUUGUCACCAUACAAUGUGGAGAAGCAAUAUUCGGACUCCAAGGGCGAUAUCGCCUACCUCAUGGCGGAUAUUGCAGAUGUCAGUCCCUCAGACAUUAACAGGCUGCGGGAACUCAUCAGCAGAACGAAUGCCAACAUUCUUACCCGAUUGUUGGCAUAAACCCUCUCCUUGUUACAAAAAGCCUUUGCGGUUGCGCCGCAUUCAUGGACAAUUUCAUAGAUGGACAUAGAGCUGUCAGUUUGCUACUUCCACUCAACUGGAGAUAGUUCUCGGCGUGUACAUGUAGUUCAACACCAAUUUGUACGCAUUGUGCGUAUGUAAGAGUAGUACAUCCGGAUCAGAGAGAAUAAAGACACUAGGCAUAC